CCAAACAAGACAAACAGCCAGCAAAGUGACGGCAUGGUAAUUGCCUAGUCUCCAUUCACCAAUAAAAGAAACAAAAAAACAUUCUUAAUUUCUCUCCCUUUUCUUUCUUGGCUCUUUCUUGGUUUCUGCCUCAAAAUUUCAAAUCUACAUAAACCAUGAAGAGUGCUGCUACCAUCUUGCUAAGGUGGUCUGAAGAUUACUUAGCUUUGAUGAGUUACUGAAAGGGCAACAUGGGUAACUGCCUAAGAUCUUUCUUUUAUGAUCCUAGUCCUAGCUCCAUAGCCAACAACAAUCCUUCCACCCCAGGGACAUCCAAUAGUACUUACAGCAGCACCACCAUAGAUGUCUCAGCCACUAGUAGUAGUAUUGUUUGCAGGAGUCAAUUCUCUGAGGCAGCGAGUCAUGAUGAAGGAAAUGAAGUGAUAAGUAAUGCAAAUGGGCAAAUAUUGGAAUCAUCAAAUUUGGAGGAGUUCACUUUUGCGGAUUUGAAGAGGGCAACAAAGAAUUUUAAAUCAGAUACUUUGUUGGGCGAGGGAGGUUUUGGUAAAGUCUAUAAAGGUUGGAUUGAUCAGAAGACUUAUGCGCCCUCUAAGUCCGGCAGUGGCAUGGUGGUUGCUAUAAAGAAAUUGAACUCAGGAAGUAUGCAAGGACUUGAAGAGUGGCAGUCAGAGGUGAACUUUCUAGGAAGGCUAUCGCAUCCCAACUUGGUUAAGUUAUUGGGCUUUUGUUGGGAGGAUAAAGAGCUACUCCUUGUGUAUGAAUUUAUGCCGAAGGGAAGCUUGGAGAACCAUCUGUUUAGAAGGAAUAUUGAACCCCUCUCUUGGGAUAUACGGCUAAAGAUAGCCAUUGGAGCAGCUCGAGGUCUAGCUUUUCUACAUGCCUCAGAGAAGCAAGUCAUUUAUAGAGAUUUCAAGGCCUCUAAUAUCCUACUUGAUGGGAAAUACAAUGCCAAAAUAUCAGAUUUUGGCCUGGCGAAGUUGGGGCCUUCUGGUGGAGAGUCACAUGUGACAACCAGGGUCAUGGGAACCUAUGGUUAUGCUGCUCCUGAGUACAUUGCAACAGGUCAUUUGUAUGUAAAAAGUGAUGUGUAUGGUUUUGGUGUCGUGCUACUUGAAAUGCUGUCAGGCCAAAGGGCGCUCGAUAGGAAGCGACCAACUGGUCAGCAAAAUCUGGUUGAAUGGUUGAAGCCAUUGCUCUCACACAAAAAGAAGCUCAAAACCACCAUUAUGGAUUCAAGGAUUGAGGGCCAAUAUUCGGCCAAGGCGAUGGUACAAGCAGCACAACUAACUUUAAAGUGCCUGAAAGCAGAUCCUAAAAACCGCCCCUCCAUGAAAGAAGUUGUAGAGGUGUUGGAACAGAUAGAGGCAAUGAAGGAAAAACCAAAGGCGACCAAAAGCACUUUCGCUUCCUCACAUUCUAAACCCCAUCGCCGUGGCCAACAACCAACUCAGCAUCGUCCCCUCUUCAUUCCAGGUCGCAGGGGGCCUAAAUACGAGCACGAAGUGAACAUUCGUAAAAUAACAAAAAAGGUAAAGUAAGCAGAAUUGGACCCAACAAAUUCUAUGUGCACACAAAAUCAAUUACUCCAACUUUUGAUUAAAAGUCAUGAUUUUUUAAGUGAUUCCUUUUAGAGUAGAACAGAUUCUGUUGUUGUAGUUGCCAUUUGUAUUCAGUGAGAUGAUGAUGUUGCAACUUGAAAAACAAGAAGUGUGAUUCUUUAAUCUAAUGAAAAUAGAGUGGGAAAAAAAAUCCUGGUGUUUUUA